UCUGGCGCCUGAAACGCUAUGAUUUUCAAACGGGGGUCGCACUCACUACACUCCGUUCUUUUCCGGUAACGCUCACCCUCUUAUCGUGUACCUGCGUAUAUUGUCCAAGGGUUUAAAUUGUUCAUUUUAAACGCCGACCAUAUAUCCCUGUCGGACAAAGGAGGGGAAAAUGGCUGAACCACUGAAGAUAAAUUUCUUCGAGAACCAGUCACUGGAGAAGGAUCCCCAACGCAUGCCAGUGGAGAGGAUCUAUCAGAAGAAGACUCAGUUGGAGCACAUUUUGCUCCGACCUGAUUCUUACAUCGGCUCAGUAGAGACUGUCACCCAGCAAAUGUGGGUGUAUGACGAAGAUGUUGGAAUGAACUGCCGGGAUGUAACGUUCGUACCGGGGCUUUACAAGAUUUUUGAUGAGAUCCUUGUAAAUGCUGCGGACAACAAGCAGAGAGAUAAGAAUAUGUCCUGCAUCAAAAUCAACAUUGAUGUUGAAAACAACACCAUCAGCAUAUGGAAUAAUGGCAAGGGGAUCCCAGUGGUGGAGCACAAGGUGGAGAAAGUGUUUGUACCUGCACUCAUCUUUGGACAGCUCCUCACCUCUAGUAACUAUGACGACGAUCAGAAGAAAGUCACUGGUGGGCGUAAUGGUUACGGUGCCAAGUUGUGCAACAUCUUCAGCACCAAGUUCACUGUUGAGACAGCCUGUAGAGAAUCAAAGAAGACCUUUCGACAGACGUGGUACGACAACAUGGGCAGAACCGAGGAAGCUACCAUCAAAUCCUUUGAUGGAGAGGAUUUCACCUGCAUCACCUUUCGGCCUGAUCUGCCCAAGUUUAAGAUGAGAAUCCUGGAUAAAGACACGGUGGCCCUGAUGACCAGGAGGGCCUACGACAUCGCCGGAUGUACCAAGGGUGUCCGCGUGUUCUUCAACAGCAAAAGACUUCCUGUUACAGAUUUCCGCAGUUACGUCAACUUGUAUGUGAAGGACAAAGUGAGCGAGACGGGGAAUGAGCUGACGGUGGUUCAUGAGGUUGUCAAUGGGCGCUGGGAGGUUUGCCUCACCGUGAGCGAGAAGGGCUUCCAGCAAGUCAGCUUUGUCAACAGCAUUGCCACAACCAAGGGUGGCAGGCACACCGAUUACGUGGCCGAUCAGGUAGUGAGCAAGCUCAUUGAUGUUGUGAAGAAGAAGAACAAAGCUGGUGUGGCGGUCAAACCAUUCCAGGUGAAAAACCACAUGUGGCUAUUUGUCAACUGCCUGAUUGAGAACCCCACGUUUGACUCUCAGACCAAAGAGAACAUGACUCUGCAACAUAAGAACUUUGGCUCCACGUGCCCGCUCGGCGAGAAGUUCAUCAAACAGGCCACCGGCUGCGGAAUUGUCGAAAAUAUCAUGAACUGGGUGAAGUUCAAAGCUCAGCUGCAGCUCAACAAGAAGUGCUCGGCAGUCAAACACACCAAAAUCAAAGGGGUGCCCAAGCUGGAUGACGCCAACGAUGCAGGUGGCAAGAACUCCAUCGGUUGCACGUUGAUCCUCACUGAGGGAGACUCGGCCAAGACUCUGGCCGUGUCUGGCCUGGGUGUGGUCGGCAGGGAUCGCUAUGGCGUCUUCCCUCUGAGAGGAAAAAUGCUCAACGUGCGAGAGGCCUCGCACAAACAGAUUAUGGAGAAUGCCGAGAUCAACAACGUCAUCAAGAUCCUUGGUCUGCAGUACAAAAAGAACUAUAGUGACCCAGAUUCACUCAAGACCUUGCGCUAUGGCAAGAUCAUGAUCAUGACGGAUCAGGAUCAAGACGGCUCCCACAUUAAAGGUCUGUUCAUCAAUUUCAUCCACCACAACUGGCCGUCGUUGCUGCGCCACAACUUCCUGGAAGAGUUCAUCACGCCAAUCAUCAAAGCAUCAUACAAGAAAUCCCAGCUGUCAUUCUACAGUAUCCCAGAGUUCAAUGAAUGGAAGGAGAGCCAGUCUAACUACAAAUCUUGGAAAAUCAAAUACUACAAAGGUUUGGGAACUAGCACGUCGCAGGAGGCCAAGGAGUAUUUCUCUGACAUGCAGAGACACCGUAUUCCAUUCAAAUACUCUGGGCCAGAAGACGACGAAGCCAUCACCCUUGCCUUUAGCAAGAAAAAAGUGGACGAACGCAAAGAGUGGCUCACCAAUUUCAUGGUCAAUAGACGCCACCGGAAGGAGCACAACCUGCCCGAGGAGUAUCUGUACGGCCGGUCCACAACGCAUCUCUCCUACAAUGACUUUGUCAACAAGGAGCUGGUACUCUUCUCCAACUCUGACAACGAGAGGUCCAUUCCCUGCCUGGUGGAUGGGCUGAAGCCUGGCCAGAGGAAGGUACUGUUCUGCUGCUUCAAGAGAAAUGACAAGCGGGAAGUGAAGGUGGCCCAGUUGGCUGGUUCUGUGGCUGAGAUGUCAGCGUAUCAUCAUGGGGAGGCUUCUCUGAUGAUGACCAUUAUUGGAUUAGCCCAGAACUUUGUGGGAAGCAACAACUUGAACUUGUUGCAGCCUCUUGGGCAGUUUGGAACAAGGCUGCACGGUGGCAAGGACUCUGCCAGCCCCCGUUACAUUUUCACCAUGCUCAGCCCCCUGGCCCGCCUUCUUUUCCCACCCACCGACGAUAAUCUGCUGACGAACAAUUAUGACGACAACCAGCGUGUGGAACCCGAGUGGUACAUACCCAUCCUUCCCACCGUUCUGAUCAACGGCUCUGACGGUAUUGGCACAGGCUGGGCCAGCAGAAUCCCCAACUAUGACAUCCGAGAGAUUGUCGGCAAUAUUAAACGCUUGCUGAACAACGAGGAUAUGCUACCCAUGCUCCCGAACUAUAAAGGCUUCAAAGGUACCAUUGAUCAGCUGAUAGACAACCAGUACAUGGUCUGUGGAGAGCUGGCGAUCAUUGACUCAACCACCAUUGAGAUCUCGGAGUUGCCCGUCAAAACCUGGACACAGACAUACAAGGAGAACGUUCUGGAGCCGAUGCUGAACGGCAGCGAGAAGGUUCCGGCUCUGAUCACAGACUAUAAGGAAUACCACACCGACACCACUGUGCGUUUUGUGAUCAAGAUGACCGAGGACAAGCUGCGGGAGGUCGAGGCCGUGGGACUCCAUAAAGUCUUCAAGCUGCAGAAUCCUCUCACUUGCAAUUCCAUGGUUCUGUUUGACCACGUGGGCAGCCUGAAGAAGUACGAUUCUGCGGAGGAAAUUCUCAAAGACUUCUUUAAGUUGAGGUUGAAGUACUACAACCUGAGAAAGGAUUGGCUCUUGGGCAUGUUGGGGGCAGAGAGUGCCAAGCUCACCAACCAGGCCCGUUUCAUCCUGGAGAAAAUCCAGGGCACCCUGGUCAUUGAGAACAAACCAAAGAAGGAACUGAUUCGCAUGCUGCAGCAGAUGGGUUAUGACUCGGACCCAGUCAAAGCCUGGAAACGGGCCGAAAACAAGAAUGCGGAGGAGGAUCUGGAGGAAGCCCCGGAGGAGGAGGAGGACACGAGUGGGCCCGACUACAGCUACCUGCUCAGCAUGCCCAUGUGGUUCCUGACCAAGGAGAAGAAGGAGGAGCUCUGCAAGCAGAGAGAUGCUAAGAUGACAGAGUUGAACGCACUGAAGGAAAAGACUGCAACUGACUUGUGGAAAGACGAUCUUGCUGCCUUUAUGGAAGAACUGGAGCGCGUUGAAGCCAAAGAGAAGGAGGUUGCCACAUUGCCCGUCAAAAAGACUUCCAAAGGCAAAGCGGUGAAGCUGACGGCCAAAACAGAAACUCUGCCCACGCCGCAGGGCCGCCGUGUCACCCCACGCAUCACCAGCGCCAUGAUAGCCGAGGCGAGCAGGAAGGCCGACCUCCUCAAAGGAGAACGCAAGAGAGGCAGAAAUGUCAAGACUGAAGAUGUGAAGAUGGAAUUUGGGGACGACGAGGAGGAAGACGGUCUGCCUGCACGGUUGACAACGAGGACCAAAGCAACCUCACAAGUCAAAGGAUCAAAAUUGGGCAAGCAGACCACCCUUCAGUUCAAGCCGGUUGCCAAGAAGUCCAAAAAGAAUGAGACAUCAGAGGAGGAGGAGAGUGACAGUCGGUCUGAAAGUGGAAUGGAGGUCGAGGAUGUUGCUGCCCCAAGAGAAAGAAUUCAACGCAAACCUAAAGUUGCCAUCAAGUACCCCAUGUUUGAUAGCGAUGAUGAGUUUGAUGGCUGUGUGAAGAGUGACGCUCGGAAAGAAAAAGCUGUCAUCAGCGAUGACGAAGACACUAGCUUUGUCCCUGACCCGGACAGUGACCUGGAUUCUCCCAAAGUACCAGAGCCUGUGAAGAAAGUGACAAAGGCUAAACCAACAGCUCAUAAACAACUUGGAAGCAAAUUGAGCUCAGCUCAGUCUGACAAACAGGAGGCUGCCACAGCGGCUUUGGUUCAGCCCAAGACCAAACGGGCUGCUCCAAAGAAAGCCGUCGCAUCCAAGAAAGCUGCAGAUGUGAAGCAGCCAUCCAUCGUGGAUGCUCUGUCCAAACCCAAACCUUCAUCAAGUGCCAUGUCCAAGAGUAUUCCCUCGUUUGACUCUAAGGGCGAGGCCAAAGUACAGAAGCCGAAAUCUGCCCCCAAACGCAAACAAGUGAUCAGUGACGACUCUGACAGCGACCCAGGGGACCUCAUGUCGCGCGUUAUGGCCAAAAUAUCCACUGGAGCCAAGAAAAAAGGAAGGAAGUGGAGUGAUGAUGAUGAAAGCUUCCAGAUUUCGGACAAGGAAUCCGCAGCUCCAAAAGCUGCGGCAGCACAGGCCAAACCGAGUAGAGCCAGGAAGCCUGUUUGCUACAACUUUGACUCUGAUUCUGACUAAGUCAGUGUUCACAUUUUGUAUUUUGUUCUUCCUGGGUUUUAAACGUGUACCCAAGUGUAAAUAUUUCGUUGUCG